AUUAUCUACUCAAGACCAACCCCCCAGAAGGGCCCUUUGGCCCCAGCUGUUUUCUGGGAAGUUGUGACACUAAAGGUCAGGCCCUCACCCUCCACCCCUUCCUUCUGCUCUUCUCUCACCCACCCGCCAGCAGGUCCUCAGCUCCAGGCCAGCUUCUCCCAGCACUGCUCUGUCGGGUGCCACCUCCCCACGGACAGCAGAGGCAGCAUGACCCAAAACAUGGUGACUGUGAAUGGAGUCGAUGUGGCCUCUACGCCGGCCCCGCCCACCCACAUCAACAUCCAUAUCCACCAGGAUUCAGCUUUGGCACAUCUGAAGGAGCUCGUUUGUUGCCCUUGGAACACUGGCCCUCCCAAGACCAGGAUAAGAUACGGGCAGCUGGCAGUUGGGGUGACCCAGAUAUUGCUGGGGGCUGUGAGCUGUGUUCUUGGGGUGUUUCUGUACCUCGGGCCCUGGAUUGACCUGCGUAGCUCAGGCUGUGCCUUCUGGGCAGGGUCUGUGGCUAUUGCUGCAGGAGCUGGGACCAUUAUCCAUGACAAACACCAGGGCAAACUUUCAGGCUGCGUGUCAGGUCUGCUCACCCUGGCUGGCGUUGCCACGGCCGUGGCUGCUCUCGUCCUCUGUGUGGAUAGUGUACUCUGGGAAAAUAUUCAAUACUUCUUCACGGAGGACGACGUGUGUGAUCGCGCAGCCCCUGCCACCACCUCCACUUGGUACACUUGGAACCAGCAAAGCCGUUACCAAGAUUCAAACUGGCAGGAAGAUCGGUGUAGAGCUUACAUCGCUAUGCUGAUGAACUUGUUUCAAGGGAUUCGUAUUCUGCUCCUGGUUGUCUGUGCCCUGCUGGUCAUUGCAUCCUUGGCUUCCCUGGGCAUGGGUCUCCGAAGCUUGUGUGGCCAGUGCUCCCGGUCCCUGGAUGAGGAAGAGUCAGAGAAGAAGCUACUGGGGGAGAAUUCAGUGCCUUCCUCCCCCUCCAAGGAAAAGACCAAGGCUGCCAUCAUCCUGUGAGCUGCCAAAGACUCCGCCUGAACCUGCCCUCCCCGCCCCAUGUCCCUCUAGAAUAGCCCAGGGCAGGUGGGGAGGGCAUUAUUCACUCCCAGGGCCCCUCACUGCCCUGCCCCUCACAACUGCCUCUCCUUUGGCUACUGUCCCGCCCCCCGCACCUGUCCCCACCAUCCUCACUCACUGUUCCCAUCCCAGUGUCCUCAAGUCAAUGAACAGGUAUUGCCACAGUUUUCCCAAUGCUGAUUAAACAGAAGCAGCCACAAAAAAACAAUUUAAAACAAAAA